UAUUGUAUCAAUGGACUCAACACAAGCCAAUAAUACAUUCAAUCAAACAUUAUCCACUGCAAACCCCAAUCUUUCAUACAAAACAUGUCUUGCUGCAACGGGAAAUGUGGCUGCGGCUCUAGCUGCUCGUGCGGCAGCAGCUGUAAUGGAUGUGGGAUGUACGCUGAUGUUGAGAAGGCCAGCAGUGUGAGCAGCCUCAUCCAGGGCGUUGCACCAAUGAAGAACAGCUUUGAGGGAGGAGCUGAGAAGGCAACAGAGGGAGGACAUGCAUGCAAGUGCGGAGAUAACUGCAAAUGCAACCCUUGCAACUGUUGACCAAACAAACUAAUAACUAUGUUGUCGUGUGUGAGUUUAAUAAUAUAAUAAGGUGGCAGCAGGCAAUUCUUGGAAUUGUGUGGUGUCUGGUGCCUCUUAAUUAUCUGAUGUUUGUAUCUUUCAUUCUGAUGUGUUACGUUUGGGUUAUUGGGUAUUGAAAUUGUGCGAGGGAGAUUGAAAUGUAUUGAAACAAAUUAUAUUAUCAAUCAAUUCCCAAUAUACCUCAUAUGUUUCUACGUA